AUGACAGUCAACAUCCAGGAGUUCCGUAGCUACAUGAAGAGUGCCCGACCUGGCCGAAUCAUCAAGGUGCGCGUGCAGAACGGCAGGAGCAAGAUCCGGCCAGCGCCCGACGGCGGCGUGCAUGACGUCAUUCUUGUCGUGUUCACGCUCCGUGUGACGCGCAGCACCCGCGACCUGAACGGCGAGCUGAUGACGGAGGAGCUGCGCAAGGUGCUGGUAGAGCUGAGCACCGCCUCCGGCGCCAUCUCGCCCGAGGCGCUCUUCUCGGUGAUCUGGAAGGUCGUGCCGCGCUUCAGGGGGUACCAGCAGCAGGACGCGCACGAGUUCCUGCGCUACAUGCUGGACCGGCUGCACACGGAGAUGCUGGCGCUGUUGCCGGACAUGCGGGAGCCGCGGCCGGUGGCUGGCCCGCCGCCCUCGCCCGGCAAACAAUCGGUCGUGACGUCCGUCUUCGGCGGCACGCUCCAGAACGAGGUGACGUGUCUGAUCUGUCGGACUGAGUCGAAGAAGCAGGACCCGUUCCUGGACCUGUCGCUCGACAUCCCGGACCGGUUCCUGCAGCAGCGGAAGCCGAAGGACGCCGAGCCGCCGCCCGCCUGCUCGCUGGCCGACUGCCUGGACCUCUUUCUGGACGUGGAGGAGCUGGCCGACACCGAGUUGUACCACUGCAACACGUGCAAGCAGCGUCAGAAGUCGACCAAGAAGUUCUGGAUCCGGCAGCUGCCGAACGUGCUAUGCGUGCACGUGAAGCGGUUCCGCUGGUGCAACAACUACCGGACCAAGGUGGACGUGCCGCUGACAUUUCCGGUGCGCGCGCUCGAUAUGUCGCCGUACCUGCUGGGCCGGCGCCACGAGACGCGCCGCUCCGCCGCCGGCCGCCAGCUGUACGACCUGGCCGCCGUGAUCGUGCACCAUGGCUCGGGCGCCGGCUCCGGCCACUACACGGCCUUCGCCAGCAACGCCGGCGCGUGGUACCACUUCAACGACAGCACUGUGCGGCGGGCGGAGGAGGAGCAGGUGGCGCGGUGCAAGGCCUACAUCCUCUUCUACAUCCGGCGCGAGUUCAAGCUGCCGCAGCCGGUCUCCUGAGAGCGGCGGCCGCUAGGCGCGUCGGGGCGGGGGCGGCGGCGGCCCCCAGCGCGGUGUUCGCGGCUUGACGGCCGGGCAGUCGGUGCGUGUCUGCUCUCUCCGUAGGUAGCAGUCGGCGGCUGUUCUUUUUACCUUGGAUUUACCUCGUAUGAUUAUGUCUCUGAUCGUGUGUUGAGCGGCGGAGAGGGCGGUGGAGAGAAGUUUUCUGCUCAUUUGCUACUGGUCUACUCAGGUAGUGAAUACAUUAC